UCCUGCUGGCCCCGGGAGCCGCCUGAGCCCGGCUGAGCCCGGCUGAGCCCGGCCGGGCCGGCCCCGGGUCACGCCCGGGUCACCAAAGGGCUCCGCGGGCUUUCCCGAGUCAUGGCGGUGCCGUGUGACUGUGUCUGUGUGUCCGUGUGUCUGUCUGUGCCUGUGUGUCCAUCUGUCCUUGUGUGUCCAUGUCCGUGUGUUGAUUUCCCUGUGUGUCCCUGUGUCCGUCUGUCCCUGUGUGUCCCUGUGUGUCCGUGUCCGUCUGUCCCUGUCCCCGUGUCCGUCUGUCCCCGUCCCCGUGUCCGUCUGUCCCUGUGUGUCCCUGUCCCCCUGUGUCCGUCUGUCCCUGUGUGUCCCCGUGUCCGUCUGUCCCUGUGUCCCUGUCCGUCUGUCCCUGUGUGUCCGUGUCCGUCUGUCCCUGUGUGUCCCCGUGUGUCCGUCUGUCCCUGUGUCCCUGUCCGUCUGUCCCUGUGUCCCUGUCCGUCUGUCUGUCCCACCGCGCGCUCUCCCUGCACAGUGGGGGCGUGGCCAGGGGCGUGUCCUAAUGGCCACGCCCUCCGAGGGCCCGGCGUGGCUGCGGCCGCUGAUUGGCGGCGGCGCGAGGGGGCGUGGCCAGAGCGUUGCCCGUGCCCGGCGCGGUUCUGUCCCUGUCCCUGUGUCUGUCCCGGUCUGUGUCCCUGUCCCGGUUCUUGUUCCUGUCCCUGUCCCGGCCCCGGCCCCGGCCCCGGUCCCGGCAUGGCGGCAGCGGCGGGCGGCGCGGCGGGCAAGCGGCGGAUCCUGUGCGUGGGGCUGGUGUGCCUGGACAUCAUCAGCGUGGUGGAGGCGUUCCCGGCCGAGGACUCGGACACCAGGUGCGUGUCCCAGCGCUGGCAGCGCGGCGGCAACGCCUCCAACUCCUGCACGGUGCUGGCCCUGCUGGGAGCGCCCUGCGCCUUCAUGGGCUCGCUGGCCCCCGGGCCCGCCGCUGACUUCAUCGCGGCGGAUUUCCAGCGCCGGGGGGUGGACACGGCGCACGUGGCCUGGCAGCCCCGCGGAGCCGUGCCCUGCGCCUGCUGCCUCGUCAACGCCGCCAGCGGCUCCCGCACCAUCGUCCUGCACGACACGAACCUGCCUGACGUGACAGCCCGCGACUUCGAGCGGGUGGACCUGUCCCAGUACAGGUGGAUCCACUUCGAGGCCCGGAACGCGGCGGAGCAGGGCGCGAUGCUGGAGCGGGUGGAGCGGCACAACCGGGCGGCGGCGCCGGGGCAGCGGGUCCGGAUCUCGGUGGAGCUGGAGAAGCCGCGGGAGGAGCUGCUGCCGCUGAUGCGGCGGGGACAAGUGGUGUUCAUCAGCAAGGACCUGGCCCGGCACUUCGGGUACCAAUCGGCCCCCGAGGCGCUGCGGGGGCUGCGGGGGCGCAUCCAGCCAGGGGCCACGCUGAUCUGCGCCUGGGCUGAGGAGGGCGCUGAUGCCCUGGGGCCCGACGGGGAGCUGGUGCACUCGGACGCCUUCCCCCCAGAGACCGUCGUGGACACGCUGGGGGCUGGGGACACCUUCAACGCCGCCGUCAUCUUUGCGCUCGCAGAAGGGAGGAGCCUGCAGGAUGCCCUCACCUUCGGCUGCCAGAUCGCCGGCAGGAAAUGUGGGAUCCAGGGCUUCGAUGGCAUUGUCUGAGCGUGUGCCUGGAGAGCUCGGCAGCCCCAGGCACAGCACUGCACCCAGCAGCACCCGCACAUCUCCACCGCACCCAGCCAUCCCCAAUAAAACCCCAUUGCACCA